GAAGGAGCUGUGAUAGUAAAGGGAGCAGAGCUGGGGAAUAGCAGUCCUGGUCUGAUCUCUAGCUUCUGCGUGCAGUACCUCUGCCCUGCCUUCCUACCUAGAGUCCAGGAAAUGGGAUCAGCCUCCUCAUCUGCCUAUGUACCAAAGAUUAUCCACUUGGAGAAAGACAAUGUGACACACAAGGUAAUGUUCAGCAGACACUGCAGACCCAGUGACAUUAAAGAGCUGUUAUGUACAACUGUUGGUCUCACCAGGAACACCUUGAUCAUGCUCGUGGACCAAAACAAUGCGAUUAUAUCCAUAGAUCCAACUAUGCCAACUAACUCAGCAAGUUCUCCUUACAGAGUGGUCCCUCUCAGUGACAGACAGCUCACAGAAGAAGACGACUUGAUGCAGAAUGUUCUGACACAAGUUGCUGACCAUUUUUCAAGAAUUUUCAAAGUCAAUGACCUGAAAACUGAAAUCUCAAGCAGGUUGGCAGCAUUGGAAAAGAGGGUUGAAUUGGAAGGCUUAAAGAUGGUGGAAAUAGAGAAAUGUAAGAAUGACCUGAAGGUACUCAAGGAUGAAUUGUCCUUAGGCAGCAGAUCAAACACAUCUUGCAAGCACACAAUCGUGGAGGAACCUAUAAAACUGACUCUGCAACGUGAUGUUCCAAAAUAUCCCAAGUACACACUAUCCCAGGAGACGAUCGAAGCACUGAAAAAGCCAACCUUUGAUGUCUGGCACUGGGAGUACAAUGAGAUGCUUAGCUGUCUGGAGUACAUGUACCAUGAUCUGGGACUGGUGCAGGAGUUUAACAUGAACCCCAUCACACUGAAACGCUGGCUGCUCAGCAUUCAGGAGAACUACCGGAAUAAUCCCUUCCACAACUUCCGGCACUGUUUCUGUGUGACGCAGAUGAUGUAUGGCAUGAUCCAUCUGUGUGACCUACAGGAGAGACUGAGUCUGACAGAUUUGGUGAUCUUAAUGACUGGAGCGAUAUGCCAUGAUCUUGAUCACCCUGGAUAUAACAAUGCGUAUCAGAUCAAUGCCCGCACUGAGCUUGCUGUCCGCUACAAUGACAUUUCCCCACUGGAGAACCAUCACUGUGCUGUCGCCUUCCAGAUCCUCUCGCAGCCCGAAUGCAACAUAUUCGCUAAUGUGGACCCAGAGGUCUUCAAACAGAUCAGGCAGGGUAUUAUUACACUUAUCUUAGCGACAGACAUGGCUCGACAUGGAGAGAUAUUGGACUCAUUCAAACCAAAGGUUGCUACCUUUGACUUCUUGAACGAAGAACACAAGAUAAGUCUGAAAAUGCUUCUUAUCAAAUGCUGUGAUAUUUCCAAUGAAGUCCGGCCGACCGAAGUGGCAGAUCCUUGGGUUGACUGCUUGCUUGAAGAAUACUUUACACAGAGUGACAGGGAGAAAUCUGAAGGUCUCCCGGUAGCUCCAUUCAUGGAUCGCGAUAAGGUUACAAAGCCCACAGCUCAGAUUGGAUUCAUCAAGUUUGUCCUCAUACCAACAUUUGAAACACUGAUGAAAUUGUUCCCACAGAUUGAAGAAGCCAUGGUACAGCCUCUCCGAGAUUCUAGGGAUCGCUAUGAAGAGCUAAAGCAGAUUGAUGAUGCCAUGAACGAGUUGCGGAAGAAAACAGAAAAUAUUCCCCUUGGAUGGAAGAAGAAAUGAUUUUCUUCGAUUUCAAACUACAGUUAUACCUCUGGCUCUUCCACCUGGCUUGAAGAAAAUAUUGGAUAUUGAUAGAACAGCUAUCAAGUUGAGUGAAAUCACGUCAAUUUAUCCUUUAACUUUUGCAAAUAGAUAAAGAUAAACUGCAGAACCAUAAUUAAAUUCAACCAACACUUGGAACAUAAGUCAAUGGUUUUCCACUGAAUUUUGGAAUCAGGUUAGGUCUUUUUUUUUUAAAACAUUUUGGAAGAUUGGGAAAAACAAAAAUCAGUCAGUCUCAGAAUUCUGGAAGUUUAUUCUAAUUUCACAACAUUUCAUUUUUAAUUAAUAGUCAUUGGAUAAGUUGUACCUGCCACUAAACUGGAAUCUCCAAAGUCAGAGGAACACUGGUAUUCAGAACUGUAAUAAAGUAUAAUUACCUUAUCAGGUAGAGAAAAUGCCCCUUUCCCUUACCAUUUCGUCACCCCAGUAAAGACUAGCACAAAUAACCAAAACUCCGGAACACCUUGCAUUGUGCCAAGAGACGUUUAUUGACAUAAAAUCUCUACAGUGCAGAAACGGGCCAUUUGGCCCAUCACGUCUGCACCAACCCUCCAAACAUCAUCCCACCC